GCCAUGGCUGCGGCCGCCUACUUCCUUCUGGCAUCCGCCGCCCCUUCCCUUCCCGCAAGGUUUCACCUCCCCGCAACCGCGACCACCCGCAGCCUCUCCAUCCCGGCCUCCUCUGCGCCCAAGACCACCACUUCUUGCAGCUUGAGCAUCAGGAGCCGCAGGCCAACCGUUCGACGGAACGCCGCAGAGACCUACGUCCCGGGCUCCGGGAAGUACAUCGCGCCGGACUACCUCGUGAAGAAGGUGUCGGCCAAGGAAGUGGAGGAGCUCGUGAGGGGGGAGCGGAAGGUGCCGCUCAUUGUGGAUUUCUAUGCUACCUGGUGCGGGCCUUGCGUUCUGAUGGCCCAGGAUAUCGAGAUGCUAGCAGUUGAAUACGAGGACAACGCCUUGUUUGUUAAGGUGGACACAGACGACGAAUAUGAAUUUGCAAGAGAUAUGCAGGUAAGAGGACUUCCGACGUUGUAUUUCUUCAGCCCAGAUCAGAGCAAGGAUGCCAUUAGGACUGAGGGGCAAAUUCCUAUUGAAAUGAUCAGAAACAUAAUUGAUAAUGAGUUGUGAAUCGUGUGUAGGCUCAUAGGCUGUAGCAGCUA